AUGUUGGACGUCUUCAUCGCCUUGUCCCUCCUCGUCGUAGGGAGCUUCGCCAGGACAUCUUCCAACAACACAGGAUGCCUAUGUACAUUCGGGCAACCCUGUUGGCCAACUGAAGAUCAAUUCGCCGAACUCGAAUCACAGGUCUCCCAACCGCUUAUUUAUCCCGUCCCUAGUGCCUCCCCAUGUUACCCAGCAACUGACCCGUCUGGAAACUGCACGCAAGUUGCUCAAGAGUGGGUAGACGGAAGCUGGCGUUCUUCGAUGCCUGGUUCAAUGGAAGCUCCGAACUUUGAGUCCUUCAUAUUCAGGAACGGCACCAUUAGUGCAUGUUAUCUCAACACAUCUCUUGGUGCUUCUUGCGAGCAAGGAAACGUACCCGUUAUCGGCGUCGAUGCUCGUACGCCACAAGACAUCCAGGCUGCCAUCAAUUUUGCACUACAAUACGAUCUCAAGUUGGUCGUUAAGAACACGGGACACGAUUUUCUGGGGCGUAGUGCGGGUCGUGGUGCAUUUGUGGUAUGGACGCACAACAUGAAGAACAUUACAUAUGACACCCAGUUUACGCCCCAAGGAGCACCUCCCAACGAAACGUACCAAGCCCUGACCGUCGGCGCUGGGGUACAAUGGUAUGAGGCUUAUGAUACCGCUAACCAGAACGGGCGUAUGAUGGUCGGCGGUCUUUCCCUUGGUGGGUCCGUAGGAGCUGGGGGUGGUUGGCUUCAAGGUGGAGGACACAGUGCACUCUCACCCACGUACGGUCUAGGUGUUGACAACGCCAUUGAAAUGUCAGUCGUCACAUCUACCGGUGCUUACCUUACCGUCAACAACGAUCAAUAUCCUGAUCUUUUCUGGGCACUCCGUGGGGGUGGUGGUGGUACCUACGGCAUCGUCACGUCUGUCACCUACCGGACAUACCAACAACUUCCGGUUGUGAUGUACUACGUGCAGGCCAAUGUCACCAACGCAACUGUAAUGAAGGAGCUCAUAGGGGGUGUGCUACGCCUUCAACCUAAUCUCACCGACGAGGGCUGGGGAGGGUACGGCUCGUUCGGGAACAACAGCAUGUAUUUCUUCGGUAUCAAUCCCAACUUAUCCACCGCAGCAGCGAACAUGAGUACGCAGCCCCUGACGGAUUACCUGCUUGGUCUUGGGGUCAAGGGUGUCUCUUCAGUGGCGGGGACUUACUCAUUCGACUCGUGGUACGAGUGGUAUACAUACGCCUUUGGCAACGCAGGUCAGAACGGUGUCAAUAUAAUGUUCACAUCGCGUUUUCUAUCUCGGGAUACGCUCGCGAACCGAUACUCUGAUGUCGCAGAAAUCCUUUACGAUUGCCAAGCCUCGUUCGACAUGGUUGCUGGAGGAAAGGUCUCUCAGAUUGAUCCCGACUCGGCAGGUGUCAAUCCAGCAUGGCGUAGUGCCAUCGUCAAAACCAAUUGCGGAGUAUCUUGGCAAGAGGGUGCCACCGCGGAAGAAAUUGCAGGGCUAACUGAUCAGCUGAAGGCAUGGAUCAAGGGCAUGUAUGACCUCACACCUCAGGGUGGUACCUAUUUCAACGAGGCAUCGUUGUACGAGAUCGACUGGCAAUACACAUUUUUUGGUUCACACUAUACCAAGCUGAAAGAGAUCAAGGAUAAGUAUGAUCCGUACCGACUCUUCGUCGUCGCAGAGGGUGUCGGAUCGGAAGACUGGAACGAAGAGUUGACCUGUCGGUGCUAG